GCAGAAGGGGGCGGGGGAAAAGGUGCAGAAGCGGCGUAAGAGCGUGGUGCAUGUUGCCAGUCGCUGCUACUGGUCUGUGUGGAAGGCAGUGAGCGACCGCCAGCGAGCUCCAGAGGCUAGUCCAAGGAGUGGGAGUGCAGGAGUCCAGGGCUGUCUAUGGGAAGUCUGAAAUAGUUGAGCAAAGGGAGCCUUACACUCCUGAGAACGGGGCGGGAGGGAUUUUGGAAGCCGCGGUGGCCAAGAGCGAGUAGCUAAGGGUACGGGAGAUUAGUUGUGCAGCCACUGCUGCUCACGCUUGCGGGUGGAUGGUGGGCAGUGUGUGUGAUUUUGGAGUUUUCUACUGUCUUAACCCCUGUGGGGUAGAGUUACGCUCCGCGCAUUUGUAAAAGAAGCGGUGUCACCUGGGGCACGGAAGGAGCCAGGAUGGCUUGGGCUCUGAAGCUGCCUCUGGCCGAUGAAGUGAUUGAAUCCGGGCUGGUGCAGGACUUUGAUGCUAGCCUGUCCGGGAUCGGUCAGGAACUGGGUGCUGGUGCCUAUAGCAUGAGUGAUGUCCUUGCAUUGCCCAUUUUUAAGCAAGAAGAGUCAAGUUUGCCUCCUGAUAACGAGAAUGAAAUCCUACCUUUUCAAUAUGUGCUUUGUGCUGCCACCUCUCCAGCAGUGAAACUUCAUGAUGAAACUCUGACCUAUCUCAAUCAAGGGCAGUCUUAUGAAAUUCGAAUGCUAGACAAUAGGAAACUUGGAGAACUUCCAGAAAUUAAUGGCAAGUUGGUGAAGAGUAUAUUCCGCGUAGUGUUCCAUGACAGAAGGCUACAGUACACUGAACAUCAGCAGUUGGAGGGCUGGCGGUGGAACCGACCUGGUGAUAGAAUUCUUGAUAUAGAUAUCCCAAUGUCUGUGGGUAUAAUCGAUCCUAGGGCUAAUCCAACACAAUUAAAUACAGUGGAGUUCUUGUGGGACCCUGCAAAGAGGACAUCUGUGUUUAUUCAGGUACACUGUAUUAGCACAGAGUUCACAAUGAGGAAACAUGGAGGAGAAAAGGGGGUGCCAUUCCGAGUACAAAUUGAUACCUUCAAGGAGAAUGAGAACGGGGAAUAUACUGAGCACUUACACUCAGCCAGUUGCCAGAUCAAAGUCUUCAAGCCCAAAGGUGCAGACAGAAAACAAAAAACAGAUAGAGAGAAAAUGGAGAAACGAACACCUCAUGAAAAGGAGAAAUAUCAGCCUUCCUAUGAGACAACCAUACUCACAGAGUGUUCUCCUUGGCCUGAGAUCACCUAUGUCAAUAAUUCCCCAUCACCUGGCUUUAACAGUUCCCAUAGCAGUUUUUCUCUUGGGGAAGGAAAUGGUUCACCAAACCACCAGCCAGAUCCUCCCCCUCCAGUCACUGAUAACCUCCUGCCAACAACCACACCUCAGGAAGCGCAGCAGUGGUUGCAUCGAAACCGUUUUUCUACAUUCACCAGGCUUUUUACCAACUUCUCAGGGGCAGAUUUAUUGAAACUAACUAGAGAUGAUGUGAUCCAAAUUUGUGGCCCUGCAGAUGGAAUCAGACUUUUUAAUGCAUUAAAAGGCCGGAUGGUGCGUCCAAGGUUAACCAUUUACGUCUGUCAGGAAUCAUUACAGUUGAGGGAACAGCAGCAGCAACAGCAGCAGCAACCACAACAGAAGCAUGAGGACGGAGACUCAAAUGGUACUUUCUUCGUAUACCAUGCCAUCUAUCUAGAAGAACUGACAGCUGUUGAAUUGACAGAAAAAAUUGCUCAGCUUUUCAGCAUUUCUCCUCGCCAGAUCAGCCAGAUUUAUAAGCAGGGGCCAACAGGAAUCCAUGUGCUCAUCAGUGAUGAGAUGAUACAGAACUUUCAGGAAGAAGCCUGUUUUAUUCUGGACACAAUGAAAGCAGAAACCAAUGAUAGCUAUCAUAUUAUACUGAAGUAGGAGUGGAGCAUCCCAUGCUCAGUGGCUGCUGCUUUCCUCACCUCUUGAAAACUGCCCUCUUGGCAUGUGAAUGGAGAUUUGAAGGUCUGCAGGAAUCUGGCUCAUCUGACUGUGUCGGGGGAAUCUAGACCCUGGAGGCAGAAUCCCAGCCCUCUGUGUUGGCCUAAGCUCUGUGUCACACACAGACCACUGCCCAACAUGCAGUUCUGCAGAGAUUUUUUUUUAGUUACACUUUUGGCCCCUGUUAUUGGAUAUCAGUAGGAACUCCACAUCAUUUAGGUUAUAUGUAGGGCAUAGUAAUGAUGGGAAUUGUGUGAUGUUUAAUGGAAAGAUGUUAAAUUUUGUGAUAUGGAGUCAUGUAAUUUUUUUCUAAUAUAAAAAUGAACAUCUAUAUUCAUAA